UCCAUCUUCAAUCCUUCCCGAAAGAAAUUCACAACUCUAAAUUGUCUGAUCUUUUAUUGUCGCUGAGACUGGGCGUCGCUAUGUCUUCUCUCCAUCAACCUGCUGCCAGGAAAUGGCUUCUUUUCAACCAUGGACUGGGAGAAUUUCGUGCUCAAUUGCUGUGCAUUCGUUGCCGGCCUCUAUCUUCUCCAUUAUGGUGAAGACCUCUUCGUCGACCAUCUGGGAAUUGUCGCAAAGCGAUUCAAAAUUCCGGAGACGUUGGUUGUCCUCCUCACAGUGGGAGCUGAAUGGGAAGAGCUUGCCAUAGUGAUCGCCGCAAUAUACCAACAUCAACCUUCUCUGGCUCUCGGGAAUGUUGUUGGGUCUUGCAUUGCGAAUGUCCUAGGUGCAUUCGGCUUCGGACUCCUGGUCCACGAUUUUCUCCCUCGCUUCGAUAGGAACUCGAAAGUAUACGCUGGUGCGCUGCUGAUUGUCUCGUCUGUAUACCUCUACCUGGCCCUCACAGGACAUCUGGACUUGACUGGUGGGAUAUUCUUCCUGGUUAUGUUCGCAGUGUACCUCGUUUCGAUAUGCUCAGCAAUAUACGACAACAUUUUGUCUCCACCACCUGGACCCACAGUCAACUUUCCUACUCCAGAUACAAUGGAAGAAUCGUCGCCUAGAUCCGAAGAUACCCUCGAUGAGUUUCACAGGGAGCUGCACAUUUCCAUCUUUCCCACGAUACUACAAUGCCAUCCUGACGAGAGCACUCCGUUGGUAAGACACCCAGAUUCAAGCACGAUUUCGCUCGAGCAAGUAGGAUCCACGACAACACUGAAUGGUAUUUUAUACCACGCCAUCAGGAUGUUUAUCGGACUACUUGCACUCACAAUUUCAGCCUACCUAUUGGUCCAUGCAUCUUCAUCACUAGCCAGUGCUCUUUAUCUCCCACCAACAACCUUUGGUAUAUCUCUUCUGUCCUUCUUCACAACAAUUCCAGAGAAGAUACCUGUGGCGUAUGCAACCUGGCGAGGCCAUUCGAGGGUUAUGGUUGCUUCGACAGCAGGAGCCAAUAUCUUUCUUUUGAGCCUCUGCUCGGGUUUGAUUUUCGUGUCAGGAAAUGGACAUGAAGAGUUGGCAAAGGACAUUACUGCUUUUGAAGUAUGGGUCGUCUGGAUCUGCUCUCUAUUGUUGAUGUUGAUUGUGUUUGUUCGAGGAAGAAAGUGGAUGGGUGGUAUCUUGUUGGGCUUUUAUACCGCGUUCAUUGCUGGGGAGAUUACAGGAGGCCUGGGCAAGUCGUAAAAUGCAGACUAACAUACAAGCCAAAACGUACAUUGCUACUCUGAGACAAAAGAGGAACCUAGCUAGAGCGAGACAGCUAGAUUAGGUAGAUGCAUAUUAUUCAGAGCACAAAUUGAUACACUAAUCAUCGCAAGUGGACGGACAUCCAACUUCAAUAUCCAAAACUCAACAUAGGUUCUUCCAGCUAGUAUCCAGUCUCAAGACCAGACAUGCAAGUACAUUUUAUCAUAUUCACUCCUUCUCAUCAUGCCAUCCAACCCAAGCCCACUAAAACGCCAACCCGAAAUUUUACAUGCUAAGGAUAAAAAA